CAUACAGCCUCCUGUGCUCGUUAGCCGCUUCAUGAUCAACAUGAAGAUGGCCGGCUCGUCAAUGUCGAACUACUCUACGCACAUGGGUCAUCAGCAACAAGGCCAGCCGACACUGCAGUCCAGAAGGCCAACAGACCGUCUGCGCAAUAUUGAGGGAACGCUGUCAGAUAUUUGGAGCGACGAACGCCGUGAGGAAGAGAGCGAUGCCGCAGGAGUAGAUGAGGACGGACAUCGUGAAACCAACGCCGAAGCGUAAGCCGGCCCUGUCAAUGAUCGAGUUAGACUCUAAAGUAUGUUCUGUUCCAGGCGGACAGCGGCAUUUGCAACUUGUGCUAGCAGGAGGCUCAAAGUUUAGUAUAUUCGAGAAUGAUCCUCAUCCCAGUUGAACGGUGUGCCAAUAGGUCUUCCAGGACGCGGUUAGCUGAGGGACACGUUGCGCAAGCUCCAAAGACGCGUCGUGCCGUACUAUGCGAGGAGGUCGUCGCAGACCACAGGGAUGCGCUGGUGCGAUUGAGCACUUUGCGCCCAGUCGGGAUCCCCGACCCCGACGGGCGCGAACGACACACUAGC